CUACAAACCAGUAUCCAGUGUCAGGACUGAAAUGCCUGGUUCACAAUGUAUCAAUUCAUUUUAGAUAAUUUUCGCAAGAGAGCCACCCCUUCAUACUCUACUCUUAUAACUGAAUCUGAAAAGGACUCAGAGUCUAGUUCAUUUCUACCAGAUUCAGAGGGGUCUCCACCUUCACGACAGCGAAUAUGGCCGUUUGUCCUACCGUGGGUAGCAUCCACGGUCAUCCUCGCCUGGGUUUGCUGUUAUCUAUACCUCCAGUCACUACCUGCCCAGGAGCCGUACAGCUUUUCAAGAGGGUGGAGAACUGAUUUUGGUCCGGCAAGGACGGCUAUUGAGGUUGAAGAGGUCGUAUUUACCGGCAGUCCAACAUUCGCUGAGGAUGGUACCUACUAUGUCCCACAUCCAAGUUCAGUCAACUAUACUGCCGACCCUAGCCCGGAACUCGAUAGAGCCUGGGACGAAAUUUCAUGGGGUCGCUACGUUGUUUUGACGGAACAGGAGGCAAGAGAUACAUUUGAAGAGAAAUACGGCGAUAUCCAACAAUUUUGGAGUCCCUUGCGAGGCGGCUAUAUUAGCGGGUUUGAUAUGUUUCACACGCUACAUUGUCUGAAUCGGAUCCGUAUGCGUUUCUAUCCUGAAUACUACCCUUACGAAGACUCUCAUGUUCAUCGCGUGCAUCACCUUCACUGCUUUGAGCAAAUUCGCCAGUACAUCAUGUGUUCGGGGGACAUGACACCGAUUCCAACUAAGUUCAACCCUACUCUUAAGCACAGCUACGUGGAUUCGGAUGUUCCACACACGUGUCGAAAUUUUGGUAUUCUCAGAGAGUGGCUAAGUGCUAGAUACAAUGGGAGCCUAGCUGUUCAACCUAUUUGUCCUGGGGCAACAAAGCCAGAAGAGGGGUCUACAAGCUGCGUGCUUGAUGAAUAAAAUACGAGACCCAGAGCUGAAAGAUUUUGGAACAGCAUUCAACGCGCAUCUUCAUACUGGAAACGGUGAUUAGGCCAUGCAUGGCAUGUCACAAGAAGGCAGUGGUUUGUUUUUUUAGAACGUAGUAUUUUUUUUAUUUGUCUACACAGUCGACUCGGUGAGGAUUGAGGGUAAAUGAAAGCAGGAAUAAUGACAGGUACAGUAGUUAGGCAUUGUAAAACUACAUAGAGCGCAACAACGUUUCGGGCAAUCAAGUCAUUACAGAAGGGCUUCCUUGUGUUGGAAAAGGCCUACGCGCAGGAGUCGGGGAUCUAUCUAGCAAUCUCAAC